AUGUCUCAACGUAUUGGUCCCACGGCGCUGGCUUACGCGCGAACAUGGCACCAUGUGGAUGCUAGCAACCGGGUCCUCGGAAAACUUGCUCAACGAAUUGCGAUUGUGCUUAUGGGAAAGCAUAAGCCGAUAUUCGAUAAAGGAGGCAAGUAUCAAAUAGGGUUGGACUAUGUCUGCGUAACGAAUGCGCGCAAAGUUAUUGUCACUGGACGCAAGGCCGACCAGAUCGUCUAUCGACAUCAUACAAUGUACCCUGGAGGUCUAAAGGAGAUCAAGUACAAAACCAUGAUGGAACGAAAACCGGAUGAGAUCAUUCGUCAGGCUGUCUCGGGGAUGCUCCCCAAGAACAGGUUACGAGAUAGGCGGUUGGAGCGAUUAAGGAUAUUUGAAGGACCUGAGAACCCUCUACAAGCAAACAUAAAGAAGAACUGGGAGGUCCCUCAGAAGGGUUUGACUCAGGUCUCUUCCUGA